UAAAAAUGGGGAGUGUUGAUAGAUAAUGCAACUGCCAAUCAUGUGAGACGCUUGCAUUUAAACUUUAUGAUAUUCGAUAAGAUAUCUAGCUGUCAUUGCCAUGAGUGUUUACAUGUCGUCCCUUCCUGGUGGGACAUGUUCUUUACUCGCAGUGACUACUUUUUGAUGUAGAUAGUAUAAUCUUCUUAAAAACAAGAUGGCCGAUGGAGGUAUAAACGCCGAUAAUAUAUCCUUUUUUGAAAAUAUGACUGAAACCAACAUCUCUACAACAUGGCCCCCGGUUUCAAAUUCAUCAACAAAUUUGACAGAGUUGGAAAGCAGUCAAAUGGACUCCGAUCCAUACGUAGAUUUGAUGACGGAUGUCUCCAAAUAUCUGUGGAUUGUGUUAUCCCCGAUUCUUUUUGUUGUUGGAGUGACUGGCAAUUUAUUGACAAUUGGCGUCUUGAAGAAAAUAAAAUUCCACAAGAAGCCUCCGUAUUUCUUUCUGUUCGUCUUAGCACUGAGUGAUAUCAUGGUACUUUGUGUCGGUCUCAGUCGGUACUGGAUCAGAGAGACGUUUUUAGUCGACGUACGCACUUUAUCAAACUUUGGUUGCAAAGUUAAUCUUUUCUGCAUUUAUUGGUCCAUGCAGGUUUCCUCUUGGAUUCUAGUUUGUGUUGUGCUAGAACGUUGUAUUAAGACAAAUUUUCCUCUGAGGUACCCACGAUUAGUAACAAUGCCAAGAUGCAUAAUGUUGGUGCUUUUUCUGACGGUGUUCCUUUCAGGGGUGGACCUGCAUUAUUUCUGGACAAAUGGUUUAAUUUCAGAGGAUUCCGAAAUAGAUUGUACUUCUCUGACAGUGGGGUACUUCAAUUUUGAAGAAUUUAUAUUUACUUACGUCGACUUUUGUGUUCUUUCUGCAAUACCAUUUCUACUCAUGAUUGGGAUGAAUAUGUUCAUUAUUCGUGUCAUACGAAGGUCUAGGGAAUUCCGAAAGUCCACCGUUAGAAACAAAAGUACAAACAAAAAACUGAAGAAAUUUGAUGUCAAACUAACAAGAAUGCUAGUCUAUACAAGCCUGUACUUUCUCUUGGCCACUUUGCCUAUAAGUGUUUAUUUCAUCGUUGAUUCUUAUCAAACAGACCUUGACAAUCGUGAUUCCGCAAAAAUGGAUGUUGUUUGGACAGUUUCAUACCUAGUUCAAUUUUCUAAUUAUACAUUCAACUUUUUCCUGUAUAAUUUGACAAAUAAAAGAUUCCGAGCCAAGUUCAUCGAGAUGAUCAAAUGUAAAUCAGCAGUAAAGAAAAGGAAGUCUUCGAAGAAUGAAUCUGUAUACAGCGUUCAAACGACGGAAACAUCUCUUGGAACAGAAACUUCUUUCGGUACCGAAACUAGCAGAGUCUCAGAAGAGAUGUCAUCGGGCGAAUGAAUACCAGAAGAUGUCUGCGUUGGGCAUGUUCAUAUUAUUUUCUUGUUUGGUAUACCAGUGAAUGUUUCCCAAGUAAAACUCUUUUAACCUCUACCCAAGAGACGAAAGGCGUUCUAGUGCAGAAUUGUUGUAUUUUGAUAAAUAUAUGCUUGACAGACAGUUUACAGUCAAAUCAUAUAUGAUUUCGUUUAAUUUGUUGUCAUGUAUGUCUUGUCUUUCAAAAUUAUAUCCCCUGUGAAAUGCGAAUUGCAUAAAAUAAUGCGUUAAAAUUCAAAAAUUUCAUGUUUCAUAGUGAACAAGCUAUCAUUUCCCCCAGAUCACCAAAAAUAACAUUUGUUAUUUUAUGUAUGCCCUAUAAUUCUAGUCAACUAUUUAUUGCUUUUGUCAAAGGCACUGUUGUUUAAAAUGUGUUGUAGUAUUGUAUUUGUUAUUAUUCUAAUAAAAUUGUAAUUAUUAUGA